GCGCGUUCCGACCGCAUCAGCACUGAAGAGGUGCCUGUUGUUCUCGGGUAAGUCGUUAAGGAAGCAACCGGCAGAAGCCAAAAUGAAACGCUUGUUCGAAGGUGUCAACAUGCGGUGUUGAGUUGGGAAUUUUUCUUCUCGGGAGCACCGUCCAACCAUGUUUUCUUUCACAUUCACAACACUAUGGAAACCAUAAUCAAAGUGCUCGUUUGAACAAGAAGAGCGACUGCGUCCCUCUCUGUGCUCGCGGCAAUUCAAUGCAUACAAGGGUAUAAAACUCAUCUGUACAUUUUUGUUCGCGGACCAUUUGCACUGCCCACAAUGUCGUCGCGUAAUCCGGGGCCGUACAUGCAACAGACCCCACUGGGGUUCCCCUCCUACUGUCGCCGAAUGAACAAGGACGGGGAUGCGAGGAAGGCGUUCCUGCAAAACGAAGUGAACGGGCGGGUGUACAAGGCGGUUUUCGAGACGCUCGGGGUGAAAGGCCGCAUUCUGGAAAACAAGCACGUCGGGAUAUCCUGUGUAUAAACGUCCCCACCCCAGAAUGCCAAAUUUUACUAGAAAAACCAGCAGGCGCAGCUUUGGCUGUUGCGCGAUGUUUUUCUCGCGGUUCUGACCCUAGAUCCUCCUGCGUCCGAAGCGGCUUGCGGCGACGGUGCAAAGGUUUUUGAUGUGGUGCAGUCGCGUAUGCAUGACAAAAAGUUUGAUCUCGUAGCGUAGUCCUGUUCACCUUCACCUAGGUCGUGCAACUGCAUCGCUACAAAUUGAGUCCCUGAUCCUUACUCCAGCGCGACAAGCUCCGAGAUAGCGGUAGAAUGUGGUCCUAGUGGGGCUGCGUAGUAGAGAAAGAUUUCAGGCAUGCGCCAGAUUCGCGCGACAACUCUGUGGUGGGGCCGUUUCUACAUAGGAUACGGGAGGAAUCGGCUGCACCUCCGCGACAUCCACAAUGGGUACAGCCGGGGAAAUUUCCGCUUCUCCUGCAUGAGCAAGCACGGCUUCAUGCAAACCUGGAGGGAAGGGUGGCUUUUGAAGUAUGGCCUGGAUCCAGAUCGAAAGCAAUAGAAACCGAGUACAAAAGAUUUCAUAAACAAAAACAAAAUGUGACAACUGUGAGAAAAAGAAGCACUGCGUAGGGGCAGAACGGGGGACCCGGCUUGGAACCCCACGUGGGCGAGGUCUCACGCAGGUCUAUGCAGUGUUAAAGGCAUUUGAGCUUCAGCGCAUAGACUUGUGAGAAGGUGUAGUGACAUUUAAUUGUCCGCAGAAGUUGCGAGAAGAUGAAGAUCCGCUGUAGUUCAUCUUUCGAAGGGGUUUGAUACUCGGAUAAGCACUGCAUCACACGCGG